GUCCCGUAACAGAAAGGCGUCCGCAGGCGUCGCCAUUUUGUCGUGUCGGGUUUAUUUGUGCGCCAGGCCAACCAGGCGAUAAACGGCGAUUAGAUUGAGAAGUUUCGAAGCGCACGCGAUCCUCGUACGAAAACACCUAUCGCCGUCAGCGAGUCCAGCGAUCGGCCGAUGUGUCUGUGAUAUGUCCAAUUGAAACGCAAUUACUACCAUUGUGUUCGCACCGAGCGAACUCGAAUCCUAAUCGCAAUCGCACUCGCGUAGUGCCAGUGUGCCAGUGCGUAGUGCUUGCUGUGUGUGAUGCUGGCGUAAGCAAAACCGAGACAAACGACGAGAUUCGUGACUCCAGCAGGUUCCUCGCCGAGUGCGUCGUCGUGUCGCACGAUCCGGUUCCCCACCGAAAGGAGAGGCCAGCAGCGGCUUCGACUCGUCAUCUCUAAUUGAACACACAACCACAAGCGUACGCAAGUGUGAUUUCAAGCGGCGUCAAUUUCGGCACUUCGGCGUUUUCCAAACGGCAGCGAGAUGAGUUCCAGAGACGACGAGUAUGAUUACCUGUUCAAAGUGGUGCUGAUUGGAGAUUCCGGUGUGGGCAAGAGUAACCUCCUGUCGAGAUUCACUAGGAAUGAAUUCAAUUUGGAAUCGAAGUCAACGAUUGGCGUCGAGUUCGCGACGCGUAGCAUACAGGUUGAUGGCAAGACAAUAAAAGCACAAAUAUGGGACACGGCUGGUCAGGAGCGGUAUCGAGCGAUCACGGCGGCGUAUUAUCGUGGUGCAGUCGGCGCAUUGUUGGUGUACGACAUCGCCAAGCAUUUGACCUACGAGAAUGUCGAGCGCUGGCUGCGCGAGCUGCGUGAUCACGCCGACCAGAACAUUGUCAUUAUGUUGGUCGGAAACAAGUCUGAUUUGCGUCAUCUGCGCGCUGUCCUCACCGAGGAGGCGAAGGUGUUUGCCGAGCGCAAUGGACUCAGCUUCAUUGAGACCUCAGCGCUGGAUUCCACCAAUGUUGAUAAUGCUUUUCAAAAUAUACUCACAGAGAUAUAUAGAAUUGUUUCGCAAAAGCAAAUUCGUGAUCCACCAGAAGGUGAUACAAUCCGACCACACAACGUAGAGCAAAUAGAUGUGAAACCGACGAUGGGUAGCGAUAGUGUGCGCAAGCAGUGCUGUCAGUAAUGUAAUGUGAAUAAGUAUAUUUAUUAUUAUUACAAUUAUCAGCAAAAACAACAACCUACCAACAGCAGAGGGCGACUUUGAACCUCGCCGCACAUAACGCAGGUUUAGUACAAUUCUCGGCAACCGUCUGUCUAGCAACUUCAGCAGGACCAGUGAAAAAUUAACUUAAAAUUUCCAUUUCAAUCAAAAGAAGCAAGCAAAGCAUAAACAAAAAUAACUAGUUACAUGAGAAGAGCAUUGCCUAACAAAACAAUAUUGGAACUAUGUGUGUAUUAUACUUCUAUUUUAGACACGUCUUCAAGCUUUAAGUUUUACAUAUAUUGUUGAGGUUAUAGUUUUGCGCCGUGGACAUCCAUCGUCUUGAUUGAUGCUCUGACAAAUUGUUGAUAUUGUUUUGCAAUCACACAUGCACUCUUCAACUUGAUCAUCAACCAUCCGGAGAAGGCUCAUUUCUUUGGCAUGCCGUUUGCAGAAACAUUCUAAUUUUUUGCUUAAAAUAUUUGAUUAUGAACGUUUUCAAACUAAAAAUUGUUUUUCUAUGUUUAUUAUAAUAUUGUAGGAGGUACUAUUAUUAUUAUACCAUAUAAAGUAAAUAUUAUAAAUACAUUUAUCAUAUUAUAUUUACAUGCAUAGUUGAGAUUGUAAUAGAUUGAUCAAUUAUUA